AUGGCGGGUACGCGGUUGCAGAUCGUGGGCGCCUUUGUGCUCUUCACGCUGCUGGCAGCGCCUGUGGCGUGGCAUCUAACGCAGGUGGAGCGCGUGGAUCUCCCUGUAGACCGCAUCCAGCAGCUGUCGUGGGCGGCGUCGCGCUUUGGCGGACCGGACAAUUUCCAUGUAAACAUCUACAGUUUAAGCUCAGUGUCUUCGCCUGCGCCGCCUUCCAGCGCCUCCAACGUCGCGUACGUGACGCACAACUUACAACUAAACGCAAAGCAGCAGAAAGCGCUACAGACUGCGAUGACAUCAGGACUACAGGCGACGGACGACGUGUUGGAGACGCUGAUGACGGAUCACACGCGCUUUAGCGUUUUCCUGCUUUGUGACGAGAACGCGGCGGCUUCUACCCCAGUUCUGACAGUCGGAAAGUAUCACCACGCGUGGUCGUCGCAGUGUGAAGUAAAUAAAGGGGAUGCAGUUCAUUCUGCCAUUGAAAAAUUAGUGCACAUGCACGUGUACCCCCAAACAGACCAGAAGAAUGUGAAGCCGAAUAUCGAGUCAAAGAUAGCGCGGAGGGCGCUGCAUUAUCGGCUGCAGUUUUCCUUAUUGAAGGAGAACCCUACGACACCGUGGAACGAAGAUCUACGGGCGCUAGUGGACCAAUAUCUGAGUAGGUUCGUCCACAAGGUUGGAGCACUAGCCAACUUUACUGUGGAGACGCAGGUGGUUCAGUAUGCGAGAUUGGCGAAGGAGGUGACGGCCAGUGCAGACGGAACGGAAUUCUUCAUUAAUGCUGAUGAUCUUAAGCAUGUAAGUGGAUUUUCGGUAUCGUAG